AUGAUUGUCGUUGUGAAGUCCUGCUUCCAGAAUAUGGAUAUAUGUAAACGCAGAUGCAGCGCCUUUGAGAACGGGAAAAAUAUGUUCGCCAGCAACAACACCCCGAGUGCAGCCACCAACCUCACGGUCACCUUCAGCAGCCAACUCAACCAGCACAAUCAGAUGGCGUCGACAGGGGGCCAGUCCCUGUCCCUCAGCAGUAACGUCCCUCUGCUGAACUACCAGCCCGGCCUCUACCAGCAGGCCACCAUAAACAUCCCGGGCCUGACCCAGCAGGGCGUCCCCCUGCAGACCAGACCCACGCAGCUCUGCACCCAGACCGAGCCUUUCCAGCAAACACUCAUAGUGUGUCCGCCAACCAUCCAGGGUCUUCAAACAUCCAGUAAGCCGUCUGGUUACCCAGUGAGGAUGGAAAACUCAGUUCCUUUAGUUCCUCAGAACCAGUCCUCCCAGUCUCUUCACAUCCAGCCCGGCAUGCUGACACAGCAGGGCUGGCCAGCAGGCACACAGCAGAUCCUCAUCCCUUCCACAUGGCAGCAGAUGCCUGGCAUGGCGAUCCACAACCCGGGGCAGGCUGUGGUGCCUGAAUCACCCAUGGGUGCUCCGAUUUCUGACAGCCAACAAGCUUCAGGCUGGAGGGGCCGUCAUGGAAACCAGUACGAUGCAGUCAGCCAGCAGGACUCUGGGGUCGGCCGUCACGCUGCCUCACAGAACCACAACUCAGGAGCCGCUCCCACAAGAGCCCAGCAGGGGAAGAGGUCAAAGGCUCGACACGCAGAGAGCAGAGCCAGGCCUGUGUCAUCCACUGUGGUCCACAACACGUCUGCCUAUGCUGGUGAUCAGUCUCAGCCCAUCGUCAUCUCCGACACGCCCAGUCCUGCUGUCAGCAUCAUCACCAUCCACAGCGACUCAGAGGACGAAGAUGACAGGAAGUUCCCCGCUGCCUGCUCUGGAACAAGCCAGAGGCCCAACGUGAUCAGCUGUGUGACCGUACACGACUCUCAUGACUCGGACUCCUCCACCAGCAGCCCCCUGAGCCCAAAGACCACCUCACAGCCCGCCAAGUCUCUGGCUGUCAUCAUGCCCUCUGUGAAGAGCCAGCCGGUGGAGAGCACAACGCACAAAGCCCCGGCAGCUCCAGGUCCUCAGUCCACAGCGGCAGAUGAACCUACAAGCGGCUCUGCAAAGUCCAAGAAGGGGUCAGGUCAGCAGUCCAGUCGGUCGGGAGAGUCCAGCACUGAUCGGCAACAACGAGCCGCAUCCAGCCGGUCUCAGCCUCUGAACCUCAGUCAGGUACAGCAGUCUGUACUGUCAUCAUCCAACGACCAAACAGGAAGCGGUAGCUCCCUGAGGCGUCAGCCCACAUACCCGCCUCCCGUCUCCUCGCACUCAUCCUACCGACUUCACGAGAACCCUCUCUUCACCUCGACCCCCAACCUGUACGCCUACCCGGCCUCGGCGGCGCUGGCGUCUGUGUCCCAGGCUGUGGAUCAGAUGCAGGGCGUGUCGUCGCGUCACAACAGGGCAGGCGGGGCGUACUCCUCUCUGGCUCUGCUGCAGAAGAGCAGCAGCCUGGCCCUGGGAGGGUCUGCUGCGGGACAGUACGGAAACCCCCAACAACAACAACAACAACAACAACAACAACAGCAGCAGCAGCAGCAGACGAUGCCGCUGGGAGGGACGCCUUUCCAUCACUCCAGUGCUUCUUACACACGGAAACUGAACCAGUAUCCCUACCUGUGAUGAACUGAAUGAUGAACCAAAUGGAGACCGACACUAGAGAGGAGCACAAGCUCACCUGGACUGACUGUGGUUAGACUUCUUUUUCCUUCUCUUUACCUUACCGAUCAAGUCUUAUUCCUCUGGUCACACAGAAUAUCAUCAUCAAUUUGAAUCAUGAUCAAAUGUUUGAAUUAAUGGAAAAGUCUGAUUUAAUUAGGGCUGCACAGCGAUCCACAGCGAGAAGGUUCCUGGUUUGAAUCCCUGUCGGACAGAAGCCUCUCUGUGUGGAGUUUUGCAUGUUCUCCCCGGUUUACCUCGGGUACUCGGGCAUCCUCCCAACGUCCAAAGACAUGCUCGAUAGGUUCAUUUGUGACUAAAUUGCCCGUAGGUGUGAAUGUGAGUGUGGCUGGUUGCCUC